AGAACGAAAAAAAUAUGGAUACUCCAUCAGAGAAAACUGCUACUUCUUCUUCAAAUUCAAAAGAUGAAACGAUAAUUAUAGCUCAACAACUGAAAAUGCAAUUUCACGGCACCAGAAAGGGGGAUCUCGAAACCAUAGAUUCAUAUGUCAAAAAGUUGAAAUCCACAGCUAAUUCUCUAACAGCAAUCGGCAAUCCAAUUUCAGAUCCAGAUUUAGUUUUGCAGCUUCUAGCUGGUUUGCCUCCUCAAUACUUGCUCCUCAAAAACACGAUCUCGUCACAGUUACCUCUUCCAAAUUUCUCAGAGGCUUGUUCCAUGCUUUACGAAUACGAGAAAACAACUUCAACUCUUCCGCCUCCGCCUCCUGGUGUAGCUGGUGAAAAUAAUAAUAAUAGUAAUACUGGUAAGAGUACUGUGGAGAUGAUCCAUGAUAUAGCAAGUACAGUAACAACUGUAGCUUCAAUAGCACGCGAAUUUUGGAAUGCGGUUGCACCCUGGUCUGGUAGUCGUUCUUCGGGAACACCAAUAAAGGUGACUCCAGGUCCGGGAAAUAAGAAAAAUGGAUCUACCGGAGGAAGGGGAAACAAUAACAGAGGCAGAGGCGGAGGAGGCUCUUCUUCUCGCAAUUCUGCUGGAAAAUAGUAUUAUAAUAUGUAAACGGUGUUCUUUAACUUAGAUCUCAGUUGUUAUUAAUGUUCUGCAAUUUCAUGUCAUAAUACAAAUGAGUGUAUCUAAAGCGAAUUGUCCUCUAGAACGAGUAUAUCUACUUGUCCAAUUUUAUAUAAAUUUAAAUUAAUUAAA